AUGUCCACCUCAACCUUCAGCAAGCCGAGUCGUCCUUUAACUUGGCUUAUCACCGGUUGCUCCUCCGGUUUAGGCCUCGCCUUGGCUCGUCAUAUUCAAGCUCAAGGACACAAAGUCAUCGCUACUUCGCGAAAGCCCUCACGCACACCAGACCUUGUCGCCGAGGUGCAAAGCCGUGGCGGCGAGUGGUAUAGCCUGGACCUCAAUGAUCCAAAUGCAGCAAAAGCACUGAUCGACUCCAUAGAAUUGACUGGCCAUAUCAUUGAUGUUCUCGUUAAUAAUGCUGGAUCAAUUAUUUUUGGGGCUAUAGAGCAACUUGCCGACGAGGAGCUACACAAUCAGAUGGAAACGCUCUACUUUGGACCAAGCCGACUGAUUCAUGCCUUAGUCCCUUGUAUGAGAACGCGUCGCUUCGGAGUCGUGGUUAAUAUCAGCUCCGGCGCAGCACUUGAGGCCCGAGAGAGUAUGGGAGGCUACGCUGCUGGGAAGGCUGCACUGGAUGCUUCAUCGCGCGUUUUGGCGAAGGAAGUUGCGCCCUUCAACAUCCGCAUUCUCACUGUCUGGCUGGGGACGUUCAAUACAAACAUCGGCAAUGUCUCCCAAUUCGCUCAAGGCACACUACCGGAGGACUAUCGCGGCUCUGUUGCUGAGCUUACUAUGGGUGCUAUCAAGAGCGGCAAGCUUCCAUUCGACGGUGACACAGAUAAAGCGGCGAAGGCUAUCUUUGAAGUGGCUGUUGGUGAGGGUGUUGGUGCUGGACGAGAGGCAGAACGGUUCCUUCCACUGGGUCGUGAUAUGAUCACUCGAGUCGGUCUUGUUCGUGAUCAGUGUACGCAUGCUUUGGAAGUGUUUGGAGAGGUGUCUGGCAAUGUUUAUAUCAAGAAGCAGGAUUAG